AUGUCUUCUUCUUCUGCCGGAGAAGUCACAACAGCAAAUGACAUCAAGAGGGAAAAUGUGAAGGAGGUGGAUAAGCGGGAGUGCAUCAAGUUUGUGGCGCUGGACGCGGCGGAGUUGUCCAUGGAGCGCACGACUCCCAACACGGACGCGGUGCGCACGGAGCUCUUGGUGAGCGCCGCUUCCUCUCUGGCUUUCUCCCCGGAGCAAGUGGCGUGUGUCUGCGAGGCUUUGCAGCAGGGAGGCAAUGUGGACCGGCUGGCCAGGUUCCUGUGGUCCCUGCCACAGAGUGACCUGCUACGCGGCAACGAAAGCAUCCUAAAAGCCCAAGCCCUCGUUGCUUUCCACCAGGCUCGGUAUCAGGAGCUGUACAGUAUUUUGGAGAACCACAGUUUCAGUCCGUCCAACCACACCUUUCUGCAAGAUCUGUGGUACAAGGCCCGGUAUACAGAGGCGGAGAAGGCGCGGGGGAGACCCCUGGGCGCCGUAGACAAGUACCGGAUCCGGAGAAAGUACCCUCUCCCCAGGACUAUCUGGGACGGCGAGGAGACUGUGUAUUGUUUCAAGGAGAGGUCUCGAAACGCGCUGAAGGAUCUGUAUAAUCAGAAUAGGUACCCCUCUCCUGCCGAGAAAAGAAAUCUCGCCAAGAUUACAGGACUCUCCUUGACCCAGGUCAGCAACUGGUUCAAAAACAGGAGACAGAGAGACAGAAACCCGUCCGAGGCACAAUCAAAAAGUGAAUCUGAUGGAAACCACAGCACAGAGGACGAGUCUAGUAAAGGCCAGGAGGAGUUGUCACCCCGGCCCCUCUCUAACUCCUCAGAUGGGGUGAUCACCCAUGGGAUUCAAACAGGACCUCUGGACAGUGGGGUGGUCAUCCAACAGAUCGGGGACAUCAAGAUGCCCCCUGGAUCCACAAGUGGCGGUCUCUACAACGGAAGCCUAGUGACCAGUAACACCUCUUCCACCGUGUUUCACAAUGGUGGCUCGUCUUACCUCCACACACCUGGAAACAUCCUCUUCAACGGGCUCAAUUUGGGCAUCCAGCCCUUGGCCUUCAACCCUCUGAGGCCGUCUGGAGGGGUAUUGCUGGGGGGCUCUGGAGUGGACAUGCAGAUGCAGACAGGGCAGGAGAAGGGACUGGGCAGUUCUGCUGAGGACUCCAGCCUGCAGUACGCGUCCUACUCUGGCUGUGUGAACGGAGCCGAGGUGAAGCUGGAGGGGCUUCACACCAUGGCCGCCCAGAACGGGGGCUCCUCUGUGCUGACGUUCAGCUCCUCGUCAGGUGCGCUGCAGCUGGGUGGCUACAGUCUGGUCCAGGUACCGAGUGGAGUCUCUGACAGCGAUGGCAGCUCAUUACUCAACAGCGACGUAGGUCUUCCUCCCCUGCAGCUCUCCUCUGCCUCCUCUGCCUCAACAAUCCCACAACAAGGUACCAUGCCUCUGAACAAUGUAGCAGUGAGUUCCUCCAACGACGACUCGUUCCAGCAGCAGGACAAGCUGACCAUGACGUCUCUGCACCACAGCACAGUCCUCUACAGCAUGAGCAACGCCGGCCAGCCAUCCAUCAAGAAGGAGCCUCUGGAGGGCGGUGUCUACUCUUCGUACCACCACGGUCUUCACCUGGACCCCAGUGGUCAGAUCAGCUACACCACCCCCAACUCAGAAGACGCUCCAUCUAGCCAAGGUCCCGCCUCGACCACCGAGGUCCCCGCCGUUACCUCUUCCAGCCCUGAGCCGGAGGUCUACACCACCCUGACCGUCAGCACGCCCCUGAUGGCCCAAACGGACCCGAGCAACCACCACCUCCAGUCCACAGAGUAUCUUGGGAGCCACGAGGUCCGGGGGCCUCCGCCCUCGCACCUGAUGGGCUCUGGCAUGAACAGCGACUACAUGAACCUUUCAGAGAACAAGGUGGACGGCUCAGGAGGUGUGAAUGAGAUGGUGCGGGCGAUGUGUGGGGAGAUGGAGGCCGUGGAGGGGAAGGAGCUAGCCAAACUACAGACAGUGCAGAUGGAUGAGGACAUGGCUGACCUUUAACCUUAAACCAGUCUCCUCGCAGAAGCACUCGUGUCCUCCCAAGCAGUGAUAUGGUGAAUCUUUACCUUUGUGUGAGCGUGUGUGUGUGUGUG